AGUAACUUGAAUUUUCAAGUUAGUAUUUUGAAUUUUCAAGUUAGUAACUUGAAUUUUCAAGCUAGUAUGUUGAAUUUUCAAGUUAGUAACUUGAAUUUUCAAGUUAGUAUGUUGAAUUUUCAAGUUAGUAUGUUGAAUUUUCAAGUUAGUAACUUGAAUUUUCAAGCUAGUAUGUUGAAUUUUCAAGUUAGUAACUUGAAUUUUCAAGUUAGUAUGUUGAAUUUUCAAGUUGGUAACUUGAAUUUUCAAGUUGGUAACUUGAAUUUUCAAGUUGGUAACUUGAAUUUUCAAGCUAGUAUGUUGAAUUUUCAAGUUAGUAUGUUGAAUUUUCAAGUUAGUAUUAUGUUGAAUUUUCAAGUUACUAUGUUGAAUUUUCAAGUUAGUAACUUGAAUUUUCAAGUUAGUAUGUUGAAUUUUCAAGCUAGUAUGUUGAAUUUUCAAGCUAGUAUGUUGAAUUUUCAAGUUAGUAUCUUGAAUUUUCAAGUUAGUAUCUUGAAUUUUCAAGUUAGUAUCUUGAAUUUAGUAACUUGA